AUGAGAGGAGUUUCUGCAGUCAGACAGACCAACAUUUAUUAGCUUGCUAAGUUGAAAAUAUUCUAUAAUUAGUAUUGGUUAUUAUUAUUAUCAUCAUCAUCAUAAUUUUUUUUUCUUGUGGUUGACUAUUGUUAAAGUCAUGGAAGUAAUAAGUGUCGGAUUUAGAGUUAACAUUGGGUCUAACUCCAAAGCCUGUGUUCUUUCUGCCACUUUCUGUUACUCCUCCUUCCCCAGUCCUCUUCAACAGUAAUCACUUAACUGUGACUAACUCUAAACUUUGCUCCCUAGAUUUUGGGGCCUUCUGCUGUUGUUAAGUAUCUCUUCAGGGACACUGGGAAAUUGGUUCAGCCCAGGACUCUGCAGAAUGGGGUACUCUAACGUGAAUUAACAUAUGUUCCUGUUAAUAGGCUCCACAGAUUGGAAUUAUAUUGUAAACUCUGUGAAGGAAAUGACUUUCUUAUUUAUUUUUGGAGAAAAGUAUGUGGGAAGGCAAGAAUGGAAGAGACAAAUUCGGGGGUUAUUGUGACAAUGCAAAUAGGAGAUAAUGAUGACCUGCACCAGGAUUGGAUAAUACUUAGAAGGACUUGCUGAUGAAUUAAAUGUAUGUGUGUGGGCGAGAGGGGAGUGGGGAUAGAGAAAUAGGGGAAUCAAGCAGGACUCCUGGGUUUUUGACCUGAGUACCUAGAACAGAAGUGUCAGUAAGACAGAUGGGAAAACUGCCAUUGGAGUAAGUUUGGGGAGUAGAAUAAAGAAUCAAGGGAUUUCUUGUGUAUUGCUGAGCUCUUCAUACAGACUAUUUGCUAACUGAGGGCAGGUGAUAUGAUUUAUACCUUUCUUCUAUCCCCAGUAGUGCCUGGUAUGUGGAUAAAGUAGCAUAUGAGGUGGUUCUUAAAACAAGACUAGGGAUGUGACAAGGGAGAAUUGUUAGGCAGGGAGGGUGUGCAUUUCAGGCAGAGGGCAUACAUGAACAGUGGUAUAGAGAAGGGAACAUUUGGGGCACUUUCCAGGCUAGUUGGAAUGUAAAGUGUGUAUAGGAAAGUAGUGACAGAAAAGAUUAGAAAGGUAGAUUGGGGCUGGAGUUAGUUCAUGAAAGACUACAUGCUGGAAUAAAGUUUGUACUUUAUUUGGCAGGCAAUAGGGAAAACUCUUGUGAUUUUUUUUUUUUUUAGAAGCCUCUUCCCAGAAGAAUCUCUGGUGAUUUUUGAUUAAGGAAGUGACACAGAGUAGUGCUUUGGAAAAUUAAUUGGGUAUUGUUGCCAAGGAUGAAUUUGAGAUGGGAGAUCCCUAUAAAGAUGCUACUGUAGUAGUCCUAGAUAGAGAUAGAGACGGACCUGCAUUAGAGCUAAAUGAACAAGAGGAGACAGAUACACGAGAUAUAGCUAAGCUGGAUGUUUGAACUUGGUUACUAACGACUGCAUGUGGGAGUUUAGCAAUAUAAUCAAUCGCCAUUUUCAAUACUUGGGCAUUUUUCAUAUGAAGUCAUAACCUUCUGGGACCUUGUCAAGUUUAAUGCUCCCUCUGUGAACUUGUUCCCAUUACUGGUAUGGAGCUCUGCAGGGUGGGAUAGAGCUCUGUGAUUAGGGGGAUGGAUACAGUGUCAGGAUUAGAGGAAUGACCCUCAAGAGUCACAGGUUGCUACCAUCAACGUAUCAGUAUAAAAAUACCUGUAUAAAAUCAAGAGCUUUUUCCUGAUCUGGUGGGAAGAGCAUGGGCCUUAUGGUAAGACAGUCCUGGGUUAGAAUAUUGCUCUACCAUUUACUAGUUUUGCAACCUUGGUCUUCAGUUUCCUUAUCAAUAAAACAAGCCUGUUGUAUUAAAUUGAAAAUGGAUAAAAUAUAUAAAAUGCCUGCCACAGUGCUGUAGUAGCAAUGACAGUGACAGAUGUCUGGUUCAAUUUGUUGCAUAGAAUUUCAUCAGUCUACUCUGCCAUUACCAGUUUCUCUGAUGCACUCAUUAGCGAACAGGCUGUCUCUGUCACUCUCACUGAAAUACAUAGAAGGCAAAGUGUUGAACUGACAUUUUAAGGCUUUCCCCUUUGGGAUCUAAGGAACGAUUUUUGUAAGGGAGUGGAGAAUGCUGAAAAGUGAGGAAGAGUGAAGAGGAAUGCCAAGAGUUGGAAGUGAAAGGGAUAGUCAUGAUGGGAAAAGUCUCAAAUCUCAGCUUGCCAUGGCGAGCCGAGGGGCUCGGCAGCGCCUGAAGAGCAGCGGGGGCAGCGCGGGCAGCGGUGGGGACACGGCCCCGGCCGCGGACAAGCUGCGGGAGCUGUUGGGCAGCCGAGAGGCGGGCGGCGCGGAGCACCGGAGCGAGUUAUCUGGGAACAAAGCAGGACAAGUCUGGGCACCUGAAGGAUCUACUGCUUUCAAGUGCCUGCUUUCAGCAAGGUUAUGUGCUGCUCUCCUGAGCAACAUCUCUGACUGUGAUGAAACAUUCAACUACUGGGAACCAACACACUACCUCAUCUAUGGGGAGGGGUUUCAGACUUGGGAAUAUUCCCCAGCAUAUGCCAUUCGCUCCUAUGCUUACCUGUUGCUUCAUGCCUGGCCAGCUGCAUUUCAUGCAAGAAUUCUACAAACUAAUAAGAUUCUUGUCUUUUACUUUUUGCGAUGUCUCCUGGCUUUUGUGAGCUGUAUUUGUGAACUUUACUUUUAUAAGGCUGUGUGCAAGAAGUUUGGGCUGCACGUGAGUCGAAUGAUGCUGGCCUUCUUGGUUCUCAGCACUGGCAUGUUUUGCUCAUCAUCAGCAUUCCUUCCUAGUAGCUUCUGUAUGUACACUACGUUGAUAGCCAUGACUGGAUGGUAUAUGGACAAGACUUCUGUUGCUGUGCUGGGAGUAGCAGCUGGGGCCAUCUUAGGCUGGCCAUUCAGUGCGGCUCUUGGUUUACCCAUUGCCUUUGAUUUGCUGAUCAUGAAACACAGGUGGAAGAGUUUCUUUCAUUGGUCACUGGUGGCCCUGAUACUCUUUCUGGUGCCUGUGGUGGUCAUUGACAGCUACUAUUAUGGGAAGUUGGUGAUUGCACCACUCAACAUUGUUUUGUAUAAUGUCUUUACUCCUCAUGGACCUGAUCUUUAUGGUACAGAAUCGUGGUAUUUCUAUUUGAUUAAUGGAUUUCUGAAUUUCAACAUAGCGUUUGCUUUGGCUCUUCUGGUCUUGCCACUGACUUCUCUUAUGGAAUACCUCCUGCAGAGAUUUCAUGUUCAGAAUUUAGGCCACCCAUAUUGGCUUACCUUGGCUCCAAUGUAUAUUUGGUUUAUAAUUUUCUUCAUCCAGCCUCACAAAGAGGAGAGAUUUCUUUUCCCUGUAUAUCCACUUAUAUGUCUCUGUGGCGCUGUGGCUCUUUCUGCACUUCAGAAAUGUUACCACUUUGUGUUUCAACGAUACCGCCUAGAGCACUAUACUGUGACAUCAAAUUGGCUGGCAUUAGGAACCGUCUUCCUGUUUGGGCUUUUAUCGUUUUCUCGCUCCGUGGCGCUGUUUAGAGGAUAUCAUGGGCCCCUGGAUUUGUAUCCAGAAUUUUACCGAAUUGCUACAGAUCCAACCAUCCACACUGUCCCAGAAGGCAGACCUGUGAAUGUCUGUGUAGGAAAAGAGUGGUAUCGGUUUCCCAGCAGCUUCCUUUUGCCUGAUAAUUGGCAGCUUCAGUUCAUUCCAUCAGAGUUCAGAGGCCAGUUACCAAAACCUUUUGCAGAGGGACCCCUGGCCACCCGGAUUGUUCCUACCCACAUGAAUGACCAGAAUCUAGAAGAGCCAUCCAGAUAUAUCAACAUCAGUAAAUGCCAUUAUUUAGUGGAUUUGGAUACAGUGAGAGAAACACCCUUGGAGCCAAACUAUUCAUCCAAUAGAGAAGAAUGGAUCAGCUUGGCCUACAGACCAUUCCUUGACGCUUCUAGAUCUUCAAAGCUGCUGCGAGCAUUCUAUGUUCCCUUCCUGUCAGAUCAGUAUACAGUAUAUGCAAACUACACCAUCCUCAAGCCCCGGAAAGCAAAGCAAAUGAGGAAGAAAAGUGGAGACCGGAGAAGAGCAGAACCAACUUACAAGAAGAAUUGAAAAUCCUUGGACUGGAUGGUUGUAUUAAGCUGUGCUCCAUACUCUGGCCUGGCAUCCGAGAAUUAGCAAAGCUCUCUUAGGCCAUAUGGGCUUCUCCACCAAAGCUGUUUGGCAGCUCCUAGCAGACCUUCUUGUUCAGACCCUCGUGCUGAAAAAGAACACAGCCUAGUUGCCAACCCACAUGUCCUUUUCACCUCCAGCAAGACUAAGCUUCUAUAAAGUACUUCACAGGACUAGGACCCUGUCCUGGAGCUAUCUCAGGAAAAAGGCGACCAUUUGAGGAACUGUGACUUAUUUUUAUUAUAUAUAAAAUGCCUCUAAUUUUCAUUUUA